CAGACCGCCAGGCACAUCAGGACGAUUAACUCGUUCCAAAGCCGAGCAGUCCAGGAGCGCGCCAUCACAGGCAUUGGGGAGUGCAAAUGGGAUUCGUGCUUGGCGCAUAAAGCACUGAUUUCCUAAGCAGCAGGAAUAAGGGGGCGGUGGGCUUCUGGACUCCGCACCCGGGGCGGAGACCGACAUUGCGCCGUUGACAAACAGGCGACGCCUCGUGCGAUGGAAAAUGACAGGGGACAAGGCAGAGCGCGGGCAUCGGGGGUUGUGUGGCAAAAGCUUGAAAAACAACAAUGCAAAGGCUGUUUGUUUUGUUUUCCUUCAAUGGCGUGUGUGCGGCAGGAGAGGGUGAACAAGGGCAGGCGCUAUACUACUGCCGGUUCUGCUGGCCUUUUUCCCUGGCUUUCGACAGCAGAAGCGUAUAGGUGCGAUGCCAUUGGGCAUGGGGCGGCAAGGGCUUGGCGUGCAUGGAUGUCUGGGCGGACAUUGGCAUAUCGACGGGUUGCGCGCUGGCGAUUGAGACACGCGUGUAGAUGGAAGCAGAGGAAAGGCGAGAUAUGCCAUCAGCAGACAUACCUGGCGUAUGCAAGUGCGGAUUGGUGGAGAACGGGGAGGAAGCAAGAGAUUACACGGGGUCCUUACGUUCAUAGUCGGCCCCCAACAGGCAGCUCUCCGAGCGCUUGGAGAUGGACGGCUGGGCAGCAUUGCGGAUCGGCCAGUUGCGCCCAUGCAGCAGUGACGCCAGGCGCUGUAUAAAGGCGGCUGUGGUACAGAUGCUGAUUUCUUCUUCUGCGCGCGUUUGUACCUUUUUGUUUUUCUUCGUGUUUAUAUCAGCACUUUGCUCUGUUAGGGAAAUAAGCUAGCCCCCACCCCAGCGCUGGCCAUCCAAAAACAGCGCAUAUUACUUUCAGCAGCCAGAACAAGGGGCUGUAUUAAC